AUGGACGCGUCCGCGGACAAGAUGGUGGACUUCGCCAUCAUCCCAAUCGAGACUCUUAUCGCCUGCAAAUACAUUCUCACUGAAGUAUUGAACAUUAUCCACCGUAAUACGUCUUCAAUGGGGGUACUGUGCUCUCAAGAUAUCGACGCAUUAAGUUUGCAUUACCACCAAGCAAAAGAGCUGUUCGACUCUAGCGACAUUGUCUGGCCACUCAUUGUCAAACAGAAAUCGCGCAUCUACGACAACAUCACUGGGCUCAUGGAGAACGCGACCGAGUGGCUUGAGCGCUCUGCUUUCUCUGCGUUGUUCGCGGAGCAUAGUAAGAACCUCAAAAAGUACCUAAGACUCCAGCGAGGCUUUUCUGCCAGCAGAUUGGCCUUGCAUCGGGAUGGUACCGUUUUGAAGAGGGAGCUCAUCGUUCUGGAGCAGCGCCAAAUGAUGCUGAUCCACAGGGAGAACUUCGACCAACUGAAAUUCUUUUGCUUUGGAGAUCACGACAAUAUGCAGAAGUUCGAGAAUUUCUUGAUGGUACUGGCCUGGGUGAGAGAGCAGCCUCUCGGGCGUAUGUUCAGCAAAGAAUUCAGCGGAGCCUACUUGGAACACGUUCCACACGUCCAGGACGAUCCACCCUCCGACCAUGUCAGUCUCGCCGGUAAGUAG